AUGGCAAUCCAUGGAAAUGGAACUGCAGAAGCCUUUGUUCUCAAUGUCGCGAUCAUCUUCGGCGUAACCGGGCUCGUCGGUAAGGAGCUUGCAAGGAUCUUAGCUGCAAAACCUGGGUGGAAGGUAUAUGGCAUAGCUCGUAGGGAAGAUGACCUCUACAUUCCAGGUUCUAAUUAUCAUUUCAUCUCAUGUGACCUCUUAAACCCUGUACAAACCUUAGAGAAGCUCUCUUCACUCAUUGAUGUAACCCAUAUGUAUUGGAUCACUUGGUCAAGCCAAUUCCCUUUGGAUUCCCAAGCUUGUUGUGAUCAAAACAAAGCUAUGAUGUCCAAUGCCUUAAAUGCUCUCCUCCCAAAAGCCAAUUCAUUGAAGCAUGUCUCCCUUCAGACUGGAGCUAAGCACUAUGUGUCCCUUAAUGGCCCUUUCAAUAACAACGCAGUUCGUUACAGUGAGGAAAGCCCUAGAGUUGAUGUAGCCCAGAAUAAUUUCUACUACACACUUGAGGAUUUGCUUAUAGAGAGACUAAAUGGUAGAGUGGCAUGGUCAGUCCAUCGUCCUGGGUUGCUUAUAGGGAAUUCUCAAAGGACUUGUUAUAACUUCAUAGGUGGCCUUUGUGUCUAUGCUUCUAUAUGUAGAUAUCUCAACUUACCCUUCUUGUUUGGAGGUUCAAAGGAGUGUUGGGAAGAGGUGUACAUCGACGGCACCGAUACUAAGCUCGCCGCCGAGCAACAUGUAUGGGCAUCCACUAAUGAUGAAGUUUCUUCCAUUAAAGGCCAAGCUUUUAAUGCCACAAAUGGUGGAAGCUUCACUUGGAAGGAGAUUUGGCCGGAAAUUGGAGCUAAAUUUGGAGUGCAAGUGACCGGAGAUAGCAUGUUCUCGCCGGAUUUACGGCUUUCGGAUUUCAUGGCUGAUAAAGAGAAUGUGUGGGAUGAGAUUGUGGAGAAGGAAGGCCUGCAAAGAACCAAGAUGGAAGAUCUAGCUAAUUGGCCAUUUAUGGAUAUCUUGUUUAGAUGCUCAAUUAAGAUGCUCUUGUCUAGAGAGAAGGCUAAUAGAUUUGGUUUUGUGAUGACCUACCAGACUUUGGAUUCUAUCUUGUAUUGGAUAGAUUGCAUGAGAAAGGAGAGAUUCAUUCCUGCAUGAGAGAAUGAAGAAGAAGAAGAAAGCUGU